CACAACUUAUAUCCUGGAUCGAAUAUUUCAAUGUGACGUCACAAAUCACGUGGGAAGAUCAAACUGACAAACUGACAAUGGCGUCUUCACAUAUUUUGUCGGAGGAUUCAGACCUAUCUGGUGUCCACGACACUGGGAAAAAUGAAGGGAAUGCGACACGAAACGAGCAAACAUUCCUGGGCGAGGAAGAGUUUGAGAUAAAAACUGCCACAGAUCAAGAGGAUCUUGGAACGAAUGGCGAUGACGUGGAUAUAAGUCUACGAGGCUACCAAGAGGAGUUAGCAAAAGAGGGUUGUGAGGGAAAAAAUGUCAUAGUUGUUGCUCCAACGAACUCGGGCAAAACCAGGGUAGCAUGCAGAAUUAUGCAGGUUCACCUAAGACAGAAAACAGCAGAACAAAAGAAUGGUCGUAUUUUAUUUCUUGUCGAAAACGAAGCUCUAGCCAUUCAGCAAGGAGAAGUAUGUGCAGAACGACUCCCAACUUACAGGACAAAGGUGUUCAGCGGAAACGUCCACAGGCUAAAAAAGCAAAUGCUCUGGGAUUUCCUUGAAAGAAGAGACAUCUUUGUUGUAACGGCACAGAUUCUGUUGAAUGCUUUAAGAGCAAAGAAAAUUGAAAGCGUCAAAGAAUUUUCUCUGAUUGUGUUCGACGAAUGUCAUCACUCAAACAAACAACACAUGUAUAAUGAAAUUAUGAGCCGAUAUCUUGACCUAAAAUUACGGGAGAAAAUUGAGUCUUCUGAACUGCCCCAGAUUGUAGGGCUUACUGCAUCUUUGGGCGUUGCUGGAAAAACAGAAUGGGAUUCGGGAGUAAAUCAUAUGAAGAAAAUAAUGGCAAACAUGGAUGCAAAGGUUCUCUGUACUGUUAGGAAGCCAGAAACAAUUGAGGAAUUGAAACUAUAUGUGAACCCGCCGGUUGAAGAACUAUUACCCGUACCUGGAAGACAUGUCGACUUGUUCAAAAAUGCUGUAGAGAAAAUAGCCAAAAACAUGUUCGACUAUAUGGCACAAGCUUCAGGACAAUUUAGGAUAUCUGUACGGAAUGCUGCGUCCGAUGACAAAUUUAUACAGACGACAUGCAGAUUUCCAGCAGCAUUUGGAACCGAAAAAUACCUGCAAUGGAAUGCGGAUUUCGUGAAAGCUAUCGCCAAAGUCCAAUCAGAAGACAUCCGCCGAGUGGUAAAUCCUUGUCGAAUACACUUAGAGAAUUACAACAAAGCUUUAAUGAUUCAUCGUGAUGCACGGAUAAAAGAUGCAUUUGAUAUUAUUCGUUCGUAUGCAGAACUUCGGGAAGAAACAUUUGCCAACGAACCAGAAAACCCCAAAUUGCUCAAACUAGAGGAGAUACUGUUAAGGGUCCUUUCCAAUGACCAGAAUGCCCGAGGAAUCAUAUUUGUGCGAACAAGGGAGUUGGCUCAAGCAUUGGUUAAAUGGGUGAACGAAACAGAUAGUUUGAACGGACUAAAUGCUUCCGAAUUCGUCGGACAAGGUGUUUCAGCUUCAGUUGGAGGGAUGACAAAGAGUGGCCAGAAAGAUGCGUUGCAGUUCUUUAGGGAUGGACAACACCGACUUCUUAUUGCAACGUCUGUAGCUGAGGAGGGACUUGAUAUAUCUAAAUGCAACCUUGUGAUUCGCUAUGAGCAUGUCACUAAUGAAAUCGUCAGACUUCAAUCUAGAGGGCGGGCAAGAGCAGAAAAUAGUCUGUACUAUGUUAUUGCGGAGGAGGGCUCUUGGAUUCUGGAAAAAGAAGAAAAGAAUCGGCGAUGUGAGGUACUUAUGAAUCAAAUCGUUCCCUAUCUACAAUUGCUCAUUGAAGACCCUGCAAACUUCUGGGAGCGGGAGCUCUUAGAAAUUCAAGAAAAUAUGAAACAAGAGGAAGAGAGACAAGCUCAACAGAGAACGCUGCAAAUGGCAGCUACAGGUGCCCGCUUUGAAUGCUUCAAUUGCAGUUCCUUUAUUUGCUUGUCUGACGACAUUAGAGUCAUAAAAGGGGCACAUCAUGUUAUCAUUGAUGAAGAAGCAAAACGACAUCUUACUCUCAAAGAAGGUGCUCCUACCUUUACUGAACCAGAAGGCGCCGAAUAUGGAGGGAUUUUGUAUUGCGCAAAUGAGGAAUGUCAACGGGAACUGGGAUCGGUUUGCACUUACAAAUUCGCUGAGUUUCCAUUGGUAGGGCUCAAGAACUUUAGGGUUGUUGAUCAAUCUGGAAAAGGCCGCCAGUUCAAGAAAUGGAAACAGGUCAAUUGCCGAAUCGAGGAGUUUACAUUUGAGGAGUUGGAUGCUGUUGUUGCCGAAAGACUUGCCAUAGUGUAGGCUAGGGGCAUUUUGCAAAUGUUUUGUGAAAUAACCAACGAACUGUACUAAAUCUAGUUACUAGUGUUCGAUGCCCUUUAAAAUACUUUAUCAAAAGUAACAAUGUUGUUGAUUCUGAUGCGAUGGUAUUUGCGUUUUAAAAUGUACAUAUGCUUCUCUUAAACACUGAUUUCGCUUUUUGUUGAAGCAGUGUGUUUGUUUUAAUUUCGAUCAAUUUUAUUGUGUUAAAUUAAUAUCUCUAAAAUGAUGAUGUUGGUACUCAUGAUAGCUUCACAUAUUAAUGUCAUGCAAUUUGAUACCUUGUACAAUAUAGCGAUCAUGCCUUUAUAUAGUGAUAGUGUGAUUGGCAAAGUAUCAACGUAGUGGUAACAGUAUGACAUAAGGCUUAUAUUUUAACCAUUGUAAAUGUUGCGACAAGUGUGAGGUUAUGCGCAUAUACACUUGUUUAAACCCCCGUUUAACUCAUGACCCAGUGAACUCGUGCUUCUGUGAUCUAAGGCGGUAAUCCAAUCAUUCAUUGAGUAAGCGAUAGUAAUGUAUGUUUGUGGUUUCUGUACAUUUUCGUCUCUCGUUCAUUGUCGUUUUGGCCCUAACUCUAUCCUGUAAACAGGGUUUAUACUUCAUGUUUGUACUACUGGGCAUGGUCCUUCAGUUUUCAUUGUAUUACGUCAAAUUAUAGCAAGGUAUUGAUUUUGUUAAGAAAAACAACACCCCGUAUUAACUGAACGUUAUUUCUUUAAAUGGUACUUGUGUUUUCUUUUCCAAAAAAGAGUCAUAAAUGCG